GUCUCUCCUCUCUGUUUUCUCUCUCUCCUCCCUCCUCCCUCGUCUCUCCUCUCUGUUUUCUCCCUCUCCUCCUCACUCUCUCACCCAGUCUCAGUGAAGUGGACUUUGCAGUAACGUUUUCUACCAACAUGUCCUGGACCCGGGUCUUAGUCCUGUCUGGGACCACCUUCCUACUGAUCCUCACCUGUUCUAGCGUGGUGGACUGUGCUGUGGUACAGGACCAGUCAGAGACCAAAGGUGUUCCACCAGGAGUCUUCAUGGUCCAAUCAGACGCCUCCAAUCUGUUCAAACCACGUAGUCGCCGUUCACCUCCGUACUACGAGGCUCAAGCUGAGCAGAGGGUAAAGAUCUUAGCAACUGAGCACUGGCGAGAGCACAACGAGGAGAAGAUGGAUGAAUACGACAGAUACACCAGGGAGUACAGCAAAGAGACAAAUGAAAGAACGAGGGAAACCAACGAGCAGCUGCGAGAGUUCCACUACGACGGUCGCUAUCCUCGGUACCACUGGUUCCACUGAGACUGGACUUUGUCCUCAUUAUUCCACAGUGGCCGGUGGAACAGUCUACAGUGGCCUUUUUACUGGGGUGACCCUCAUGUUGUGCAUGCUUUUGUUUCAUUUUUGGACUUUUCCAUAAACAUAUCUGAAGCCUG